ACACAAGUUGAAUUCAACGAGGAAACAUGAAGACUUUCAACCUGAGCAUUCUCCUAAGCCUGGCAGUCACAGUCUGCUGUGUGCCCAUAUCACAGGUCGCUGAGCAGGAUGAGAGCUUUGCCGAGAGCUACCUGAAGAAAUUCUUCAACCUGACAGAGGAGAGCAAUUCAGUAGUCAGACGGGGGAUCAGCCCCUUGACCAGGAAGCUGGCUGACAUGCAGAAGUUCUUUGGCCUCCACAUCACGGGGACUCUGGAUGCCGACACCUUGGCCAUGAUGAAGAAGCCCCGCUGUGGCGUUCCAGAUGUAAAGAUUGCCCGUUUCUCCACCUUUGGAGGCGACCUCAAGUGGGACAAAAAAAGCCUCACGUACAGGAUCGAGAACUACACACCUGACAUGUCUGCAGCAGAGGUGGACGACUCCAUAGCCAGAGCUCUGCAGGUUUGGGCCAGAGUUACUCCUCUGAGGUUCUCAAGAAUCUACAGUGGUACCGCUGACAUCAUGAUCUCCUUCAACCGCCGGGCACAUCGUGAUGGUUACCCCUUUGAUGGACCCGAUGGCACUCUUGCCCAUGCCUUCGCUCCGGCUCCUGGCCUCGGAGGAGAUGCCCAUUUUGACGACGAUGAGACUUUCACCUUCCGCUCAAACUCAGGCUACGUCCUCUUCAUGGUUGCUGCUCAUGAGUUCGGUCACUCUCUGGGCUUGUCUCACUCUGAUGAUCCUGGUGCCCUCAUGUAUCCUGUGUACUCGUACAGAAACCCCGACACCUUCACUUUGCACAGAGAUGACAUCAACGGCAUCCAGUCCCUCUAUGGUCCAAACCCUGACGUAGAUCCGCGUGAGCCUGAACCUACAGCCCCCACCACCCCUGACGCCUGCGACUCAACCAUGGUUUUGGAUGCUGUUGCCACCCUGCGAGGAGAGAUGCUCUUCUUCAAGGACAGCUUCUUCUGGCGUAGCUACCCUCAGAGCAAUACUCCUCAGCAAACUCUCAUCACAAACUUCUGGCCCGAUGCCCCUGUCAACAUCGAUGCUGCCUAUGAGAGUCAACAACUAGACAGGCUCUUACUCUUUAAAGGUCGCAGAGUGUGGGCUUUCAAUGCCUAUGAUCUUGCACCUGGCUAUCCCAAGUCCAUUUCCAGUUUUGGUCUGCCCCAGUCUGUCAAGAAAGUGGAUGCAGUCCUCUAUGACCAAGCAUCUGGCAAGACUCUGUUGUUUGCAGGCGACAGUUACUACAGUUAUGAUGAGGCCAGAAAGACCAUGGACCAAGGAUUCCCCAAACGGGUGGACGAGACCUUCACUGGCCUGACCACCAAGGUGACGGCAGCUUUCCAGUACAGAGGUUUCAGCUACGUCUACAGCGGACCCUACAUGUUUGAGUACAGCCUGAGGAGUGGGAGGUUGUUCCGUGUGCUGAGGAACGACUACUUUCUGCGCUGCACCAGAUACUAGAGCAGCUGAAGGAGCAGCUGACUCGUUUACAGACACUGUGAAUGGCAGGAUCCGUCAUGUGUAAUCAUAUAUUUAGCCAUAUUUAAUGACACUGUUGCACAGUGACAGGUACAUACUGGAUAUGUGCCUUUAUCGAGAGCACCUUACACGCUUUAAUAAUUUUGUAUUGUAAGCCAUUGCUUUUUAAAAUAAAUUUAACUUAAUCUUAGUUUUAUUUUAGUCAUAGUCAUUGUUAAAUUAUUGCUGUUGCCAUUUUUGUUGCUGUUUUAAUUUAAUUUUUUUGUGAAGUUGUGGUUUGUUGGUUACAAAAGCACAUCUGUGAUGAAGCAAAUGAAUGUAUGCAAACAGAGCAAUGUGACAAAGUGGAAUAAAUUGGCAUCAUGAAUGUA